UUUUGUUAAUACCUGUUGUGGUUUCUUCCUUUUUAGGUGGCUAUGGCUACGGGACAGGUGCUAUUUCAACGUUUUUUUUAUACCAAGUCUUUUGUGAAGCAUUCCAUGGAGCAUGUGUCAAUGGCCUGUGUUCAUCUGGCAUCCAAAAUUGAAGAAGCACCAAGACGUAUAAGGGAUGUAAUUAACGUGUUCCAUCGCCUUAGACAUCUACGGGAAAAAAAAAAACCUGUGCCUCUAAUACUGGAUCAAGAAUAUGUGAACUUGAAGAAUCAAAUUAUUAAGGCAGAAAGAAGAGUGUUAAAGGAGUUGGGAUUUUGUGUUCACGUAAAGCACCCUCAUAAGAUAAUCGUUAUGUACCUUCAGGUAUUAGAAUGUGAACGUAACCAACACCUGGUCCAGACUUCAUGGAAUUACAUGAAUGAUAGCCUGAGAACAGAUGUCUUUGUAAGAUUCCAGCCAGAAAGCAUUGCUUGUGCAUGUAUUUACCUCGCAGCUAGGACACUGGAGAUUCCACUUCCUAAUCGUCCCCACUGGUUUUUACUCUUUGGAGCAGCAGAGGAAGAAAUUCAAGAAAUCUGCUUAAAAAUUUUGCAACUCUACACUCGGAAAAAGAUUGAUUUAUCUGACCUGGAAAGUAAAGUAGAAAAGAAGAAACUAGCUAUUGAAGAGGCAAAAGCACAAGCUAAAGGUCUGGUACCUGAGGGAGUCCCAAGUUUGGAUAACACAUCGGGAUUUUCCCCUAUCCCAAAAAAUGAGUCUCCAAAAGAGGUUAAAGGAAAUAAACCUUCACCACUACCUGUUCAGGCAAUGAAGAAUGCUAAAAGGAAAACAGAGGGAGCAAAAAGAAUGAGUUCAAAUAGCCCAGUAAAUGGUGUUCAGAAAGGAAGAGAAAGCAGAAGUCGAAGUGGAAGUAGAGAUCAAAGUUAUUCAAGAUCUCCAUCCAGAUCUGCGUCCCCUAAGCACAGGAAAAGUGAAAGUUACUCCACAUCAAGCGGUUCCAAAUCCCACAGCCGUUCGAGGAGCCGCAGUGACUCUCCUCCAAGGCAGUUCAACCACAGUUCUAGCUACAAAGGUUCCAAGGUGAGAAGUUACAAGAAAUCAAAAGACUACAAAUACUCAACACACAAACCACGGAAAUCACGCAGCAGGAGUUCGUCACGUUCCAGGAGCCGAUCCCGGGAGCGCUCUGACCAUUCGGGGAAGUACAAGAAGAAGAGUCACUACUAUAGAAAUCACAGGCAUGAGCGUUCACGCUCCUAUGAGCGAGCAAGUCAUCGCUAUGACCGAGACCAUCCUGGCCACAGUAGGCAUAGGCGAUGAAUAAAGCAAAAAGUUCUUUCCUUUGGAAUUGUAAGCAGUGGAGCUCUUCCCCAUUUGGUCUCUGCAGCAUAGGGUUAACCUGGCUUGUAAACCACCUAGCUUGAGUAAUGUCUAUUCUGCUGGCAAUUCUGUACUUGCUAUCAUGAAUCCAAAGGAAAGACACUAACAGGACAGGAUGAUGUGAAAGACUUAAUCUGAUAAAUGUCUUGGUGACUGUUCUGCUGGAGUGUCGGCUAAUAACACUGCAGAACUUGUCUCUGGAUGCUCCUAUGCCUGCUGUUUAGUAAUUUUGCAUACCGUAGCGCAGUGGAGUGUUAUUUGGGACUUCCAGUUCUGCAAGCAGGACCUCCAUGGCUCAGUACUUGGAAUACUGUGCUGAACAGUCCUUCCCUGUGGAACUAGAAGGCUCAAGACAGUUCAUAAAAACUGUUGGAGUGGCUUGGUGCUAACAAAGCUGUCUUUUCAUACUGACUCAAUUAUGUUGUACAAAUGUAAGGUGACUCUUUUAGAACUGUUGCCUAUAUUAGGUUAUAUAUGUGUAUAUAUAUUUUGCAGUGUUACAGUACAGUAUGGGAAUAUGGCCUUACUAGCCUUUACAACUUAUCCACAAUGUAAAUAAGCAUUUGUUUAAUACAGGUGGAAGAUAUAUACAGAAAAUUCAAAACUUGAAUUCUAUCAAAAGACUUGUGUAGAAAAUUCUGAUAAAUGUGAAAGUAUUUAGCUCUGUGUAUUGAGAGUAGUAUAUUUUUAUCUGUGCAAUGCUGUGUGCAGGCCACCAGCUCAUAAGACAUUUCCUAUAUAUACAUUUUAAGUGGUUUCAAAUUCUUUACUCAGGAUCUUUGACACUCUGAAGAAUUAGUAGUUUGUCAAUCUGCAUGCUUGUUGAAGAACAGAGCAUUUAAAAGAAAAAAAAAAAAAUAGCAAAACCCCCACAGCCCAGUAGUAUCAGUUCUAGUGGUAUAUCUGAGCUGUUACUCUCAUGCUCCCUAAUUUCAUUAAAGUAUUUGAUUUUCUAUUAAGUUUACUUGAUAGUAGUUUCUUAUGAGCUAUACCACUGUGCCUACUCAUAAGGAAAGAAAUCUGGUGCUGAAUGAUCAAACUGCAGUAGAUUUAAGACUAGCCUAAGUUGUUACACCCUGAGUAGAAGUAUAGUAGAUGCCAUGCUGGGCCCAUCCGGGAGGAGCAGCCCGGGGUGCUGUGUGCCGCAGGGCUCUGCUGUUUGAGCCUCUCGGGCUCUGUGAGCAGACGUUGCUGGAGGCGCUGCCUGGGUUAAACUUGUGUCCACUCCGGGGGAAACAAGAGGCAUUGGGUGUUUCUGUGGUCAGUCAUGUAGGUGCUUCAGUGUGACAGUGACUCUUCUAAUGCUGCUUUUAAAUCCAAACCGAUCUCAUGGCAAUUUUCUUAAUCUUUGCUAUGGAGGUAAGGCAGCUGAAAGGAUUUGCAGGCAGCCUUCCUUCAGCCAACCUCUAGUCUAGCAACUUCCUGAGCUAGAGGUUGCGUAGGAUUAUUCUGUGUAAUUACCAGUGGACCUACUUGUGACCUUGACUAAUCUUGGCUUGAACUAAGUCAUGCUUUUGACCUCUGCAGCUCCCUCUGACGUUCUGUUCCUUAGCAGGAAUUCGUAGCUCACACAAUGCAGUUACCUGUUCCAAAUGCAUCGUUACUGGAUAGUUUCGGUGGGUGCCCCUGUUUCCUGUGCAGGGAGAAGACCAGUUAUUUCUUGGCCAUCUCGCAGUAGCUGGCUGGCGGUUCUUUACCGUAGUUCUCAUUACAUCUCAGCUGAGAAAAGGCAGUGAAUUGAGAUGGGCAGCAGAUACAAGGAAAGCGUGUCAGAGCUUCAGCGGAGCACAGCUGUGGAAUGUAAGUUAGUCUGUUCCUGAAUCAGCAAACUAUCUCAGCCUUAGCUUGACCUGUGCAUGCAGUCAGAAAUGUAAUUAUUUCAUACUUGGUAUGCUAAAUAAUUGAGUAGAAGUCAAAGUAUUAUUAAAGUAGCUCAGACAUAAUGUGGUACAAAGUGACUUUGAUCCAUUUGGAUAUGAACAACCUGAAGUAACAAUGUUCUCUACAGACGGUUCCCAUUUUAAGUCUAGUUCUUACUACCUGGCUAUUACUUGGAGCAUUUCAACAUCAGAACUCUCUUUACUAAUUCCAGUUCUAAAAGAUAGUCAGCGUUUCCCUGUUGAAUUACUUCAUUCUGCUCUGGAUGCUUCCAGAAUUGCUUCUUGUCCAAUUCCUGAAGUAAGCAAGAUCUGGGGAGGCAGGUUUCACAGCUGCAGCCUCCUCCAGGAAGACUUUAGGAGGAGUUACCUUAGUUAAGUCUAAAUUCUGCUAGCUACAGACAUGACCUUCCUCCGGUGCAAGUGGCAUGGACGAGGAUAAAGAUAAAGAGAGGUUAUCUCACGGGCCAGAAGCUCUGAAGGGACAGUGCUCACUGAAACCUCUUGACUUGGAAGACGCUGCAGCCUUGGCCAGGCUCCGGUUCGAUCUCCUCAGAUAAAGCUGCCUCCGUGCUCUGGCAACGCAGCCUAGUCCUCCCUCCUUCAUGGGAAAUGAUCCUCUAGGCUUCCUGGCUGAUGUUUCCUCAACAAUGGACUCCACAGCUAUAAAUCCAACGUGCGGGUGGAAGGUCAUGGCCUUCAGAUCUGUAUUUGCUGUGUAUCAGCAGAGGGGCAGCCAAGAAAGCUUUCCUUUUUCAGGUGAGAGCCUAAGGAAUUACUUCCUCAAAUAUGGAACUUCUGGCUCAGUGUGUGCCAGGCAGGUGGUGACCAAGAGGGGGAGAUCCCCCUUGUUGGGUGAGCUGGAGAUGGGAAGGCAGUGGUUGACACCAUCACAGAAUAAUUGAACAACAAAGCUUGCCAUUUCUGAGAUCAGAUGAGGAAAGCAGAUCUCUGUUCCCGAUGGGACAUUGCGAAGGGAGGCUUCAAUUGAGAUUUACCAUAAGCUUCAGCGUAGAUGUUGCAUCCAUCCAGAGCUGGGUGCUGAGUCCUCUGCAACUCUGGAAAAUCAACGUGGUGGGAAAUGGCAGAGAGAUUGAACUUCUGUCAGAAAUGGUCCACCUUUGCUGCUGAGCUCGCUGCCUCUGUCUCUGGUGUCUGGCCAGAAGUUUUGGAGUCCGUUGCUGCCUCUGAAGCUCACUUAAGAUCCGAUAUGGCCAGGUCUGAAGUACCAAAACUGAUCAUGGCUUUGGUUUCUGUCUUCUGUGCACCUCUGUCCACGAAGGGUGGCUCCUCCUUUCAUGUUUUGACUCCCUAGACUGCUCAAACUGAAUUCUGCUGACGUGAAAGCUGUGGGUUGGUGACUCAAAAUCAUUUGGUUAGAGGGAGUGUCCGUUUUAAACCUGAUUUUGCUUGCUCUGCCCACAGUCUAUCACUCUAACAAUGAUUUGUAGUUCCACAAACACUAGAAAUACCCUGAUACUCUGAGAUGUCCUGCAGAGACAGACCUAAGCCAAAGAGGAGCUGAAUGAAUGGAGUUCACUCAAACGCAGAAACUGCAAGUAGGAAUUCUUUCAGAGUAUUGCUUCGUGCAAAAUAAAAGUGUUUUCUCCAUUGUCCUGCCAAGUAA